AUUAACGGCAAUCAUGGCGGCGCCGAGUAGGAAGCAGCUGUUGAGGUUUCUCAGUCAGUUGGGUGUUUUUAUUUUAACCCGCUUUGGAUUUUGGAACUGCUUCUGUAUGUUGAUGCUUUUUGCUGAACGAGCCGACACCAAAAGAAAGCCAGACAUUCAAGUGCCAUACCUGUACGUGGACAUGGGGGUAGCGGUUUUGUGUGCCAGCUUUAUGUCGUUCGGGGUGAAGAGACGUUGGUUCGCUACAGCCGCUGCUGUCCAGUUAGCGGUCAGCAACUAUGCGUCGUACAUCGGUGGGCGGGUAUACUACGGCGACUGGCUGAAGGUGCGCAUGUAUUCCCGAGCACUCGCCGUUAUCGGGGGGUUCCUGGUUCUGGCAAGCGGGGCGGGCGAGGUGUAUCGGCAGAAAGCGCGCAGUCGGUCCCUGCAGUCCACCGGACAAAUUUUCCUCGGGGUCUACCUCAUUUGUGUGGUGUAUUCACUGCAUCACAGCAAGGAGGACCGUCUGGUCUACUUGAAUCACCUGCCGGGUGGCGAGCCAGCACUGGCUGUGCUGGCGAUGCUGUUGGGUGUGCUGGCUCUGGCCUUCCUGUCGGGCUGCUACAUCCGCACGGCGGCACAGAUACUAGCUACGGGGUUGCCGCUGGUCGUGCUGCUCAUCGAUGGAAACCUGGGCUACUGGAACCACAUGCGCAAGGUGGAGUUCUGGAACCAGAUGAAGCUCAUCGGGCAUAACGUAGGCAUCUUCGGCGCUGUGCUUAUCCUGGCGACGGACGCUUAAGAGAUCACAUGCCAGAGGACUGUAAGGGAAACUCCAAACCCGAUGGAUGCUGAAAUCUGAUUUCACACUUUUUUGUAAGCUUUUAAUGUAAAUGUCUUUUAUACAAUUGCUUUGUUAAAUUAUCAUUAAAAUGCACGUAUGUAAAUUCACUUGAUGUGGGGGAAACGUUUAAAACUCAGCUGGGACCACGGUAAACUGUCAAAUUAAUAAGCCUGUAAAAGUUUUUUAAAAAAAUAAUAAAACCGCAAUUUGCCUUAAAGGACUAAUUUUAGACAUAAUACAAGAUUUGUUCCAGGUUUCAUAAAUAGUACAUUUGUUAUUCCAAUACUUAAGCUUUUCAUCAUCCAAAUUUUUUUGUUUUUUUGUUUGGGCAAGUGGUAGCGACGCAUCAGUGCAUGUGUCAUGUUCAUAGACCAACCCUUGUGUCAGUGCAUGUACCACUUUAAGUCACCUUACCGAAACAGUCACUGUGUCGCCUGUGAAUGACACGGUCACUCUGUGGCUGGUAUUGAAUGAGCCGUCAAUGGGAUGAAUGUUUUCCAGAAUUUUUUCAAAGCCGACGUUUCCCCUUGAAGCUACUCAAGAAAGUUUUGUUCAACCGGUUAAGAUUUUUUUUUUUUUUUUUUUUUUUUAAAGAAUAUGACUUGCAAAUUAUACCUGUCAACAUUGUUCAUUUCUCACAAAGACUGAAGUUGAGAACCCCUGAUAUAGAGCAAAAAUACCCAUGCAUGUUAAAAAAAAUGCAGCUAAGGUUAAAAUACUUAAAUGAUUUAUGAUUGAGAACACCAAAAUUAUCUUUAAAAAAAGGUCAAGACAAAAUUGUUAAGCAGUGAAACUGUUGCCGAAACAUUGGGAACCUCAGCAAAGUGAGCAUCAACAUGAUUAUAAACUUUUUCCUCUUCUUACUAGUGUUGUCACGAUACAAGGGCUGUAGGUUAUUGAGGGAAAAAAUGACCGACUUUUAGGGGGUUGCCGAUAUAUAUAGUGAUAUUAAAACAAAGAAUUUUCAGCAGAUGACUUGAACAGCUCUGUUUGGAAAGACUGGUUGCCUCACCAUGACCACUUUGUACAGGUAGUCCCGGGGUUAGACGAGUUCCCUUCCUACGCUGGCGGCGUAAGUCGGAAUUAACCUGUUAAGUACACCAACAAAAUAACUAUCCAAAAGGUUUUUUUUUUUUUUUUAAUGAUGGAUACACUGCCCUCUGGCGGCAGCGUUGGGUCUGGCUGGACUGACUGACGAGCAGACCCAUUUGACAUGGAUAAAGCUGUGUGCUCUGGUUUGGCCCACAUAAAGCAGUAAGUUGUUUCUGCUAAUAUAUGUUUGUGUAUGCAUUUGUAAGUUUACAGCUUCAGUUUGUGAAGAUAUGUGUGAGCGAUUUGCGAUGAGAAUUCUAAACACGAUAGCAUUCGUAGCAUUUAAGAUAGCAGACUUUUGUUAGGCAAAUAGGCUAAUUUCAACUAAAUUUACAUAGUGAUCAGACUAAAUUGACAUUUGAACACCUGUUUUGUGUCCAGUGUUUUAUUGUUAAAACGUGUGUCAUUUAACAGCUUUAUAAAAUAUUGUCAAAAGUGAAGUCAAAACCACAAUUGCCUUGUUUGCAAUAUGUAAAACUAGAACUUCUCUUUAGUGAGGACAGAAAACGUCAUUAAUAAAGUAAAAAAAAUAAGUCACUUUUUAUGCGACAAAAAACAAAAAAAAACAAAAAAAAAAACACGGAGACGUUUUAAAGUCGAAAUUCACGUAAAUCUAGUACAUCUUAACCCAGGGACUACCUGUAUUAAUAUGGUUUAAUCCAGGCAAAAGGAUCUAUCAAUAAGAGAUGUAGGAGGUCAUGUCCCGGCACACUUGCUGCUUUUAUAAAGCAGAACAAAAGUUAACGUGUUCAAAACUAUUGCGCAUGCGCACAUUGGGAUGACGAUGUUCAAACAAUAUAUUGUGCAGGCCUACACAAUACUAACAUUUCCAACUUUAUAUCAAUACUCAAUACUAGAGGUGAAAACCCAGCCUAAUUAAUCAACAACUCAUCUAUUAGCAAAUGGCAACUAUUUUGAUAAUUGUUUAAGACCUUCACCUUAAACUUGUCUUAAUUUUUGAAAUUAUAACAUAUACAGGGGUUGGACAAAAUGAUGGAACCACCUUUAAAAAAAAAAAAAAAAAAAUCAAAAAUUUAAUAUGGUGUAGGUCCACCUUUUGCAGCAAUUACAGCCUAAAUUCUCCUAGGUAUUGAUUCACACAACGUAAUUGUUUCCAAAGGAAUUUUAAAGCCAUUCUUCAGUUAGAAUAAUAUAAUAGAAUAGGGACAUAACACUACCAAUUUUUCAGGAUGCUCAAAUUUCCACACCAACUGUUAAGCAACUUAUUUGCAUUAAAUAAUGAGUUCAAUUACAUAGGUAAUUUAGAUUGUCUUCCCAUAUGUUGUAAGGGAGGAAUUGACCCUACCAUUAUUAAUUGAAUUAUUUUCAAGAUGUUCAGUCUUACAUUUACCCCUUUUCACUUGGUGAAUGUGCCGGUCCAUUUUUUCCCUCUCAAACACGCGUUUGAUUGGUUGAUGACUGGCAAAAGGGGGUUGUACAAAGUAUUAACACCAGGGGUGCUAAUAAUUGUGACACACAUUAUUUGAUGUCAAAUAAUUAUUUCUUUAUGUGGGAUUUUUUCCUCACUGAAUAAAUGCAAUUGUAUUGAAGGUUGGAUUUUUCUCUUUUUUUCCCAUUAAGGUCCCAUAUUAGAAUUAAAAAAUAUAUAUUAGAAGCUAAAAAACACAUCUUAACCAGGGGUGCCAAUACUUAUGGAGGGCACCGUUUAUUCAGGAAGUUUUCAAAAUGUUUUUGUAGUUUUUGAAAACAAAGGUUUGAAUUGAACGGUGUAUUACGUGUACCAAUACACACGAAGAUUAGUGUAGAUCAAUACAGAUUUAUUUUGCAUGGAUCAUUUAGCCUAUCAAUUAAUUAGGUUCAUAUUCGUGAGAAAUGUAGCACUGAGCCCCAUUCACCCAAUCUGUUUGGUCUUAUUGAUGUCCCGUCCCCAGCAAAAAGUGUACAUGCAAGUGAUGCUGUUAUAUCGUCCCUACCAAUGUUGACACCAAACCUACGCCAUUGGUCUCUACAUAAGGAAUUUUCAGGUUACGUCACGCCUCAACUGGAAAAUAUUGCCUCUUGUUAUGAAAAAUUUACGGAUAUGAAAGGGAAAAAUA